CCUGCCGGGGUAUGACGGCUGCCGAGCUGUGAGAUUUCAGCAGUGGACAGUUCCCGUUAGUGAUGUGUUACAGCACUCGCCUCAGACCGCUUUUAACAAUUCCCCCUUGGGAACAUUUGAUCGAUAUUGUUAUAGAAGGUACAGCGAUUUGACGUCAGGACGAUGCCUUGCGUAGCAUUUGGUGCGUAGACACUGUUUUCAUGCUCGGAGGUACCGCUUUCAUUUCGCCUGACAGCAUCCAGCUCAUUGGAAACGCAGUUCACCGCCAUCCCAGUUACUCCACGACCUGCCUGGGUCCCCGCAGUGUUUGUCACCAUUCUGCGGCGCUCUAUCUCUCCAAGCCCCUUGUUUUACGGGAUCGAACCAAGAAUGAAAGGGGCAUGUCCUUGGCUGAGAUUUGCAGCUCUCCUGGUGCUUGUGAUGUGCUCUAUUCCGGACACGGCCAAUGCAGACAGACAGUACGUUAAUGAAUGGGCAGUGGAGGUGGUCGGAGGACCCGAGGUGGCGAGAGCUAUUGCCGAAGAACUAGAGUAUGAUUUUGUGGGCCAGAUCGGAGAACUUCAAAAUCACUAUCUACUUCGACACAAAAUUCAUCCAAGAAGAUCUCGAAGGAGUGCUGACCACAUUACAAAACGAUUAUCUGAGGAUGAACGGGUGUCUUGGGCAGAACAACAGUAUGAAAAGCAAAGAAGUAAGCGUUCUCCACCAAGGGACUGUGCAGACUGCAUGGCAGAGAAACUGUUUAGCGAUCCCAUGUGGAAUCAACAAUGGUAUCUCCAAGAUACAAGAACUUCAUCAUCCCUUCCAAAACUGGAUCUUCAUGUUAUCCCAGUGUGGAAAAAAGGAAUAACUGGCAAAGGAAUCGUGCUUACUGUGCUUGAUGAUGGGCUGGAAUGGAACCACACUGAUAUCCAAGCAAAUUAUGAUCCAGAAGCAAGCUAUGAUUUUAAUGAUAAUGACCCGGAUCCCUUUCCUAGAUAUGACCCAACUAAUGAGAAUAAGCAUGGCACCAGGUGUGCUGGGGAAAUUGCAAUGCAAGCCAACAACAAGAAGUGUGGAGUAGGAGUGGCGUACAAUUCAAAAGUUGGAGGUAUCAGGAUGCUUGAUGGUAUAGUAACAGAUGCAAUUGAAGCUACUUCCAUUGGAUUCAACCCACAGCACGUGGACAUUUAUAGUGCAAGCUGGGGACCAAAUGAUGACGGGAAGACUGUGGAAGGUCCUGGCAGACUUGCACAAAAAGCAUUUGAAUAUGGCAUUCAGAAGGGUAGAGGAGGAAAAGGGUCGGUUUUUGUCUGGGCAUCUGGGAAUGGGGGUCGUCAAGGUGAUAACUGUGACUGUGAUGGAUAUACAGACAGUAUCUAUACUGUGUCCAUAAGCAGUGCAUCACAACAAGGACUGUCUCCAUGGUAUGCGGAAAAGUGUUCCUCGACAUUGGCUACAGCUUACAGCAGUGGAGACUACACUGAUCAAAGAAUUACAAGUGCCGAUCUUCACAAUGACUGCACUGAGACUCAUACCGGCACCUCAGCUUCAGCUCCCCUGGCUGCAGGGAUCAUUGCCCUUGCUCUGGAACAAAAUCCAAAUCUCACUUGGAGGGAAUUGCAACAUUUAAUUGUCUGGACCUCUGAAUAUGAUCCAUUGGCCAACAACUUAGGCUGGAAGAAGAAUGGAGCUGGUUUAAUGGUAAACAGCAGAUUUGGGUUUGGGUUGCUGAAUGCCAAGGCACUAGUUGACAUGGCAGACCCUAAAACGUGGAAGGGUGUCCCAGAGAAGAAGCAGUGCAUUGUCAAAGAUAAUACUUUUGAAUCCAGGCCUUUGAAAGCUGGUGGAGAAAUUACAGUUGAAAUCCCCACGAAAGCUUGUGAAGGGCAAGACAAUCAUAUUAAAGCCUUGGAGCAUGUGCAGCUGGAGGCAACCAUUGAGUACACUCGGAGAGGGGACCUUCACAUCACUCUCACAUCCCCAGCAGGAACUAACACUGUACUGUUGGCUGAACGCGAGAGGGACUCCUCACCUAAUGGCUUUAAAAGCUGGGCCUUUAUGUCAGUGCACACCUGGGGAGAGGAUCCAGUAGGCACAUGGAUGUUGAGCAUUACUGACAUGUCUGGAAGAUUGGAAAACAAAGGGAAAAUCAUCAAUUGGAAGCUGAUUUUACAUGGCACCUCCAGCAGACCUGAACAUAUGCAGAAACCCCGGGUGUAUACUCCAUACAACGCUGUGCAGAAUGAUAGGAGAGGCGUGGAGAAGACAGAAGAGCGAAUUGUGGAUGACAUUUCCAAGAAUGAUGAACCUGAAAAUCUCUACACAAAGGAAAACAGCAGCAAAGAGAAUGUGAACAUGAAAGUGACUGAAGAAGAAGGAGCCUUACACCCUGGUCAAAAAACAUUCAUCCAACAAGCUCAAAACAAUAACGCUCUACACUUUUUCCACAACAGUAAAUACCACAAGGAUGCAGAAGUACCCAUUCAGAGCUUGCAUCAAGCCAUUGGAAAAUUAAGCAAACAGUCCCAGUUGAAAGACUUUGAAGACAGUGAAAACAGUGAUUACAGUGACCAGCUCUAUGACACCAAACCUUAUAAGCAUAGAGAUGAUAGAUUGCUUCAAGCUUUAUUAGAGAUGCUGGCAGAGAGCCAAUAAUCGUUAAUGUAUGGUUAGGUUUUGUGUUCAGUACUUAAUUGUUUAGUCUUGGUAUUUUUGUGAUUCUGUGUAAAGUAAAUGAAUUUGACAAGAAAUAAUCUUGACAAAAAAUUUAAAUUAUAUUUUCAUUAUUUAUUUAUUAAUAGGUGAUCUAUAAUUUUCACCACAUCCAUCGUGUACAAUGUGACUUUGUACAGUAGGUUUUGUUUCAUGACUCUGAUAAGCAGGCUAUAGCCUGAACACAAAUGUUAAGAUCACAAAGUGAUUUGAACAAUGAUACUAAUAACAUAUAGUUUAGUAGAUUCAGGCAAUCAUUAGGAUGUUAUUAGCUAAUGGUUAAUGAUGGUAUAAGCAAAUUAUUAAUAUUUAUCUACCAAAAAAAUUUGAUAAUGAUUUCUUUUGCAAAUUAUGAGCAGGAAAUUUAGUCCUGGUUUCAAAGAACAGCAAUUUAUUAAUGGUUUCAUAAUCUGGAAAGCUUGACAAUCAGAAGCAUUUUUACACAAACAUUUUAUUUAAAAGUAAGCUUAUUUGCCUUAGCCCUAACUUUUGUACAGUAGGUCUUGCUUCAUGACUGAUAAGUAAACUGUGGGCCUGAGCACAAACACAAAGAUUUCACUGUUACAAGAUUAGCUUUACAAUCAAAUGGCCAUCGAUCCCAGUCCCUAAGUAGUUUGCCAUUCUUAUCUACUGUUACGUAGAGAUGAAUUUCGAUUCCAUUCAAUGAUUUAACCAAAUAAAGAAUACCUCA